AAUAUGAUCGCACUUUUGAUACAAAUUUAGAGAGUAGGCCUACGCAUUCUCCCAACGACGCGCCUCUAGGAGACGUCACAGCAAGGGAGGUUUGAAGACGCGUACGCAUGCUCACUAGCAGUCCUUACGAAUUUCUGUCGCGAAGGAUAACAGCCAAGAUGAGGGCGCUGUGUGUUCUUGCCGUGCUUGCUGUGCUGGGGUUAGUGGCGGGAGAGGAGGGGGCCCGACUCCUGGCCUCCAAAUCGCUGCUGAACCGCUAUGCGGUGGAGGGACGGGACCUCACCCUUCAGUACAGCAUCUACAACGUCGGGACCAGCGCCGCCCUAGAGGUGGAGUUGUCUGACGACUCCUUCCCCCCGGAGGAUUUCGGCAUCGUGUCCGGAAUGCUCAACGUCAAGUGGGACAGGAUCGCGCCUGCCAGCAAUGUCUCUCACACGGUGGUACUGCGCCCCCUGAAGGCCGGGUACUUCAACUUCACCUCUGCGACGGUCAGUUACCUGGCGCAGGAGGGAGGGCAGGUUGUGGUGGGGUACACCAGCGCUCCAGGGCAGGGGGGCAUUCUGGCUCAGAGGGAGUUUGACAGGCGCUUCUCCCCACACUACCUGGACUGGGCAGCUUUUGGGGUGAUGACCCUGCCCUCGAUCGGGAUCCCCCUGCUCCUCUGGUACUCCAGUAAGAGGAAGUACGACUCGCCCAAGAGCAAGAAGAACUGAGCAGUGUGUGCUGGGGGGCCGGGGAGGAGUUUGGGGGGGGGGGGGGUGUUCCUAGUAAGGGUAGGAACGGUGGGAGCGGCAGGGGCUUCAUUGCUGAGAUCUGGGGGUUUUGACAGUAUUUGGGAAUAAAUGAAUUGCCCAUAUUGCGGUGAGUGAAUGGAAGAUGGCGGUAAAUGCAUGGAGGAUGGCGGUAUUGCUGGGAGCCGUGUGGGAGUAAGUUCCUGACGCUUUCCUGGGGUUAUUUUACAGGGUGAUUGCCGUGAGGCGGGGGGUGGGGGACGGGGGGACGGGGGGCCUGGGUGCUACCCCAUGGCUGGGUGUUGUAUUCCCCCCCCGGGGCCAAAUGCCCCGUGUACGGCAGAAUGGUGUCCUGUCCCGUCACUGAAUGGGUGGCGAUGGAAGUGCUCCCCUGCUGGUUUGGUACAGGGGUCUGGACUGGGGGUCUGGACUGGACUGGGGGCGUGGGGUACAGGCAGAGCCCAGAAAUCACUCCAGUGGCUCGAUUCUACUGUGUGUGCUUUUUGUUUCUCAGCCCCCCCCCCCCACCCUAUCAAGGAAACUUCUGUAAACAAGGGCGUGGUUCUCAUUUCGACUUUUGUGGGGACAAGAAACCGACAAAACUGGACUUUUUCUUAAGGAUUUUUUUUGGGGGGGGGCACUAGCAGUAUCACCCAAUAGAACGUGAUAAUAUUGGGGGGGACCAUUUGAUGUUUUCCAAAAGUUGUGCGGGGGUGGGGGGCAUGUCCCCCCCCGGGAUCUACGUCCAUGUUUGUAAAUGAUCCAUGUAAGCUCUGGCUCAUCAUUUUUACCUUGAGAAUAAAACGCCAGGUUUUACAAACAA